UUCUGUCUGCUGCUCUUAGACGACAUAGAGAAAGUGUCUUAUCAAGACAACUUGCUUUCACGUGAAGUUCCUAAUGUGACUGACUUGACCUGCAGGCAUGUUUUAUUGCUUCUGAACUUACACACAGAGAUAUGAGAGGAGCAGCUUUGAGUGGAUUGGUCGUCCUUCUCCUCACUGUACCAGUUAUACAGAGUCAGAAUGGCUGGGGAGUGACUUACACCUCUACUCAGAUUUGUGCCUUAAAUGGAUCAUCUGUGGAAAUGCAUUGCAGCUACACAUACCCACCCACCAUUGUUGAUAGAGUUAAGAAAAAAUUCUGGUUUACAAAAGAGAGUAAUAAUGUUUAUGUGGAUCUGAAAACGGACCCGGAGUAUUCAGGUCGUGUGCACUAUCACUCUGAAAACAAGGACUGCUUUCUGAGAAUCUCAGACCUGAGAGAGAGAGACUCAGCUGUGUACUAUUUCAGGUUCAUAACAGAUGAUUUAACAGGGAAAUACACUGGUUUACCUGGAGUCACUCUGUCUGUUACAGGUCUCCAGGUGCAGGUUAGUAGAUUCUACACGUCCUCUAAAUGGGCAGAGCUGAAGUGUCAGAGCAGCUGUCAUCUACCUUAUCAUACUUCCUAUGUCUGGUAUAAGAAUGGACUGAACAUUCCACUACGAACAUCUGAUUCUUAUUCAGCCUACAUUUAUCCUGCAGACAGCUAUUCCUGUGCUGUAAGAGGACAUGAGGACUCCCGCUCUCCUUCAGUGUAUGCUCCAAAGCUUCCCUCUGUGACAGUGAGUCCUUCUGGUGAUUUAAUGGAGGGAAGUUCAGUAAAUGUGACUUGUAACAGUGAUGCUAACCCAGCAGCUAAAUACACCUGGUACAAGGAAAAUCUAGUUCCCAAUCCAGUUCUUGAACGCCUCAGUGAAGGAUCACAGCUCGUCUUCAGCUCCAUCCAGUCCUCUGACUCUGGACAGUAUUACUGUACAGCUGAGAACAUGCUGGGGAGGACAUCAGCAAACAUCUCUAUUAAUGUCAAAUAUGCUCCAAAGCUUCCCUCUGUGUCAGUGAGUCCCUCUGCUGAGAUAGUGGAGGGCAGUUCAGUGAAUCUGACCUGUAGCAGUGAUGCUAACCCAGCAGCUAACUACACCUGGUACAAGGAGAAUGAAGACUCACCAAAAGCAUCAGGACAGAUCUUCACCAUCACUGACUUCAGAGCUGAACACAGUGGGAAUUAUUACUGUGAAGCCCAGAACAGAAGAGGACGUCAGAACUCCACCUUACAUCUGACUGUUGUAGCAGUUUUCCCAGAAACAUGGAAAUCAGUCAUCAUUGGAACAAUCCCUGCUGUUUUCCUGGUUGUCGUGUGGCUCUCUGUCUUCCUACUGAUAAGAAAAAAGAGAACCUCCAAGCAAUUACCCAAGCCUGGAGAUGGAUCAGACAACAGGGAACAGGUGAGCAAGGAGAACAAUUCAGUUCAGAGGAGCGGGAUGAACUUCACUACGCCAGUAUCCACUUCUCCAAGAACCAGACAGACCCUGUAUACUCCAACAUCAGACCAGCUGGACUCCGCAAACACGAGGAGCAAGACGAAGAAGAAGAUGACGACAAAGUGGAGUAUGCUGCUGUCAAAUUUAACAGUGCCAGUACUCCGCCGAGAACCAGAGGUCAGGAAACGGGGGAGGAUCCAGCUGCAUGCUACAGUACAGUCAACAAAACUGCUGAACUUAACAGGGAACUCUAGUAUUUCCUUUUUCUGAUUGCAAGCCAUGCUAGCAGCCUCCACUUUGUUCCAGACUAAAAUGGCUCAACAACUACUCGAUGGAUUGCCAUACACUUUCAUUCUGACAUUCAUGAUUAUCAGAGGAUGACUCAUUCUGACUUUGGUUAUCCCCUGACUUUAACUCCAACUGCAAAGCACGGCAAUAUAUAUACAUAGGUAUCAUUUAUUGUCUUUGUGGUGUGUAAAUAUACAUAUGUAGGAAAUUGUAAAGAAUGUGUUAAAUAUGAUAUAAUUACUUUAUGAUGUAAACAUGUAGCUAUUCAUGCUGAUUAUGGUAUAGUAGUGGAAAAGGGGGUAGGAUUAAAUAAGCUUUUGCUUCUUCCUAUUCCUUUUUCCGGACAUGUUUAAUUAAUAUUCUGUUUUGUUUCUGUUUUGUUCUUUUAGUUUUUAUUAUUUUAAUUUUGUUUUACAUGUUUGAAAUAAAGCAUUCAUUCAUUCACUCAUUCAUUCAACUCCAAAGCACGGCACCAUUUUUGUUUUUUGUGACAUGUCUUGACCAGUAUUGGAUGGAUUGUGAUAAGAGUUGCUACAAAUAUCCAUGGUGCUGGGUUAACUCACCUGUGACAAUUUCCUGCAUGUCUUCCCUCUCUCCCCCUUUCAUAUCUAGCUGUCCUAUCCAUUAGGGGCACAAAUGCCCAAGAAAUAAUCUUAAAAAAAAACCAUGAGAUGAUUUAGUUGUAGUUUUUUUUUUUUUACUGCUGCCACUUGAUUUUAGUCGAGAACCAUAUUUAACUGAGCCCGACAUUUCUCUUUUGUGUGUAUGCAGUCUUUUUCACUACAUUAUUUUGCUGCUAUCCUUUUUUUAACCAGUUUCAUUAUCAAAAUUGGGGUGUUGGUGUUUAGUUAUUUCUAUUUAUAUUACCAUCACAGCUCAUUAUACCAUUAUGCUUUUUUAUACCUUUUAUGGCCCAGUUAUUUUGUUCUGUAUUGCAUUUGUUUACAUUUCCCUUGUUGUGUUCUGUAGUGUUUAAUUUUGUUUAAAUAAAAAAUGGGUGAAAUGCUCUCAGCUCAU